AUGUCUGACCAGCAAAUAACAAUGGAUGAAAAUUACGACCCCACCCACAAGGCGUCGAGUAUUACCAGUGUGACGAGUACCUCCACCAACUGCACCGCCCCUUCCUUUUAUUCCGGACACGAUUCGACCGAAAGUGUUAUUGACCCCGAGGACAAUGGCCCCUUUGAAGGAUUUGAUCCGACAGCCAGCCUAGCCAUUCCCGCAGAUGACGACUUUUACAUACAAGCAAAGCAGGAACCUCCACCGGAAUACCAUGAUUUGCUUGAGACGUUCUUUGACAUGGGAUCCUUGGAAAAUCACGUUGGUCCUACGAUCGUGACCCCACCUGAACCAAUUUAUCUCCAACAGACAACCAUGUCACGGAAACGUCGACCUUCUGACGCAUCGUUGCCUGAAUAUCAUCACAACCGACGGUUAACCGACCCACUUUUUACUACUACUACUAGCACCUCUUCUACUUUACAACAACCACAACAUCAUCUUCAUCAGCCUCCCGCUACUAUUACUACUGCUACUACAUCCGCAUCAGCCCAGUCAUCAACACAAGACGAGGAACAACAACAACAACAACAAAGAGCGCGUGAACUUCUCACGGAUGAAGAACGGCGUGCCAACCACAUUGCCUCUGAGCAAAAACGUCGCAACACCAUCCGCAACGGUUUUAAAGAGCUGACCGAUAUCAUUCCUACGCUAAAGAACAUCAACAAUUCAAAGAGCACAAUCUUGUUCAAAGCGGUUGAAUAUGUCCGGCAUCUGGAGAAACGCAAUCGCGGUCUGCGUGAGAAGCUUGCCUCGCUGCAGCUGCGUCUUGAAGUCGAAGGUCGCAUGGUGAUGAACCGUGCUUCGUUCUAUCGUCAUGGUAAUGCCAGUAGUAGGAGCCACAACAACAGCCACAACAGCAGCAGUGGUUCUACGAAUGCCAUGGCACCCGAGACACUGGCAGCCUUGAUGGCUCACAAGAACCAGCAAAAGCAGUUGGAACUGUUGCAGCACCAGCUUCGUAUGCAACAAGAGCUUUUGGCCAAACAUAACAUCAAAUACCCAUCCACGCCUGCCGCCCUGGUUGUUCCUGCCAAUGAUGUGCUGCGUCGCCAGCAGCAACAACAACACCACCACCAUCAUGGAGCCCUUGAUGCCCCGAGUCUGAACAUCCCUGCCGAUGAAGAGUACGGCAAUGAAACUGCACAGCGCGAACGACUGUUGAAACUACAUCCUCUCUACUAUCAUCAUCCUACAAAAUCGUCUUCUGCAUCUACUCUCUCUACCUCUUCUGCAUCUGCAUAUCGACACCACCACCAUUAA